AUGGUGGAGAUUUUAAGUGCUCGUCGUCACAACAUCAAUGUCGGCAAAGUGUCCGGUGAAGCAGGAGAUGUUAGCAGGGAAGCUGUGAUGAACUGGUUAACCGAGAAAUGGCCAGGUAUUGCACAAAAUUACAGCUGUGAAGAUAUUUUUAAUGGGGAUGAGACCGGACUAUUUUACAAGAUGACUCCAGACCGUACACUGAACUUUAGAGGAGAAAAGUGUGUGGGAGGCAAACAAUCAAAGCUAAAAUACAGCGUUUGGGUUUGUGCAAAUAUGACAGGUACUGAAAAAUAUAAACUUCUUGUCAUUGGUAAAUACGAACGACCGAGGUGCAUGAAAAAUAUUAAAAACCUGCCUGUUAUUUAUAAAUCGAAUAGACGCGCAUGGAUGACUUCAGACAUUUUUAUUAAUUAUUUGAAAGAGUGGGAUGAAAAACUAAGACGUCAAAAAAGAAAAAUUUUGCUUCUAGUGGACAAUUGUGCAGCUCAUCCAAAGAAUGUAGAUCCGACAAAUAUCAGAUUAGAAUUUUUGCCUCCUAUUUGCACUUCUGUCAUACAACCAAUGGAUCAAGGCAUAAUAAAAUGCCUGAAAACCUAUUACCGUAGAUAUUUUAUGUAUCGCCUAAUUCAAGCAUUGGAUAGUGAGGAAACGUUCAAUCUAACAAUUCUAGACUCGAUAAAAAUAAUUGCCAAAUCUUGGAAUGAGGUUUCACAAAAAACGAUUCAAAACUGCUUUCGACAUGCUGGUCUAGUGAAAUCGAUCGAGGAGUUUGAUUCAGAUGAUGACUUGCCUCUGAAUCAGUAG